CAACAAGAGAAAGAUUCAUAUUUUUUUUAGAGAGAGAGAGAAGGGAGAAAAUCAUUGUCAAACCAUCGGAUUUCGAACACAAACAAAUAAAUCACCAUAGAACUGGUCCAAAGCGAUCAUUUUUAAGUAGAACUGCAAAUGUCAAACCUCUCUCUCUCUCUCUCUCUCUCUCUCUCCAGCAUCUAAGUUUAAUUUCCCCAACUUCCUAUAUAUGACCACCCAUACCAAUAUUCUAAAUGGAUCAUAUGAUUCAACAUUCUCAAUAAUUUGUUAUUCUAUUCUCUAUAUAUGCCUCCUAAGAGGGCUCUCCCAUACCGGCUUCCAAAGGACCAAAACAACCUCAUUCAUCCUUUCUUCCAUCUUGUAUUGCUUUUUAGAUGGAAAAUUCAACGAACUCUAUGAACAAGUGUUCCAUUUGUUCUGAUCAAAGAACCUCUGAGUCUCCAGAGGAGAGUGAUUGGACUAUGUACUUCGAGGAUUUCUCAGUCAAAAACAGCAGAGAACAAUACACUUAUUGCUCGUCUGGUUUUGAAACCUCUUCUCUAGUUUUUGAUGCUGCUAAUUCUUUGGCCGGAAAAAGGUUUGACAGGAGUGAACGAGGUGGAAGCUUUUCUAUGGCUAAAAGUAGCAAAAGAUCGAGCUUCAAGAAGAGGAAAACAAAUGGAGCUUUGGUAGAUCACGAUGCUUUAGAAGAUACUGCUACUUCUCCUUUGAACAGUACCACUCCGGAGGAGAAAGCUGUUCGCUUUUCAGGAAAGUUAGAUGAGAGAUCAACUGAAGUAGUGGGUUUUGUUGAAAGAGAUUAUUGCGACUGCGCAGGAUUGAAGAAGAGGGGCCUUUCCUUAGUUCCUUUGUCUAGGAUAAUGAACUAUUUUGGAUGAUUCCGGUUUCCUCAUGAUCUGUACAAUAUCAGUACUGCAUCUCUCUCUGAUCUGUGCAUGAACAAAAGCAUAUAUACAUGUGCUGAUUAGCAGUUAAUGUUGUAUGUAAUGAAAUUGAGAGACAUUAUUACUUAUUUUGAGAUCCAUUACUUAUCAUUUCUUAA